CCUCACCCAAUGCGUCGCCCACAUUGGCUGAGAAACUCCCCUCCUUCUGGCGCGUGCAGUGCCCUGUUCCGUCCUAGUCGAUUUCCCGGCAGCACGGGUGAUGGUAUCAAAAAUACGCAUGUCGACUUUGUAUGCCUACCAUUUAUCUACUUACCCUGACUGGUUAUCAAUCUACACCUUAGGUCUCCUCUGCAUCUGGAGUGAGUAUAUUCUUGAUCUAGACUCUGGGGCAACAAGAUCACACCUUUCCACGACAUGGAAGUAUAGGUACAUGCUACCCGCCCAACAGAACUCUGCGGUCUCUUUGUCUCUUUCAAUCAGUGAGGGAAACAUGGUUUCCUUAUUUCUGUUCACACUCAAGAGUCCUUUAAUCCCUCGCCUGUGGCGUGUCCAUAACCGUCACGUGCUCAGAAUGGAACAGCAUAAAGCAUCCCUCAUGAGGCUUGGCCCAAGCGCUCUCAAAAGGCAGGAUAUAAAAUGAGGACCUCGCCGCUCUUUAUCAUCCUCUGUCGCCUCACAGCAGUUGGUCGGAGUCAGCAAGAGCAGAGCUAGGACCAGAAACAGGAAGAAUGGUGGCUACGAUGGCCACAGGUUCGUGGACAUCAUGAACUGCUUAUACGCUCAUCACCCAGCAUUCGUCCAGAAAACAAGUCGCACCUCACGGAGAUACUAUCAAAAGUCCACAUUCAGCGAGACAAAUGGCAACAAGGUAGAGGCAUCAUGCAGACUGGUUCUCACGGCCCAUCCCGACCAGGC